UGUAACAUUUAUUUAAUCUAAAAUGAACUAUGAGUAACCAUAGUUUUAAUCCCUUACACUAAAAAUGUAAACUAUUUAUAUAUUAAGUACAAAAAGCUGUCAGUGAAACAUCUUCAUAAAAUGGCAUAAUAGUUCAUAUUACCACUCUGUGAAACAACUAUAACUGUAGAUGUGUUGAUUUUAACAUUUACAUAACAUUUUUAACAUUAACAAAUACGAAAGAUGAAGUAUAGAAGAUGUUUUGCUAUGCAGACACCUUUCAUGUGUAUUACCAAACUCUACAACAAAAGUUGUAAGGUGAUGGUAGUUUGCCUGUUUUACAUGAGGAUUUUUAAUGCGAUUCUAUUUGUACUUUAUAAUUCUAAUUUUAUUUAGAAAGCUUUUGUACUUCACUAUAUUGCAUAUUACAUACACUUCAUCUCCAAAUUGCUGUACACACACUAAGAUACAGAAUGAAAGACCUUCAUAAAUUCAUAUUGUUCUGUACAAAAUUGCUAUUCAAAGAAUUAUAAAUGAGAAUCAUGAUUUUAGUUUUAAGUCAAAAAUCAUAAGUAAAAUCUAAUGAAAAAUUGUGCAGCCCCAUUUAAGUAGCCCACAUAACCACAUAUAACCACAUACAUAUUAGUUAGUUUACGGUCUAAUUUAUCUAGCUACUGACCUUUCUUGAUGGAUAACGACUGGGGUCGUGACAGCAGAUUCUUUUUGCCAUGCUGUGGUCUGGAACAUGAACUCUCGCCCGUGAUUAUUUCCACAUCUGUUUUUGAGAAAUAAAGUUACUUUACUUUAUUUAGCCUUAAACCAGCCAGCUGGCCAAAUACGUUGAGUAACUGUUAGACACCGUGCUUUUGUGGUGGAAGAGAUGUUCCUGGUUCCCCCUUUGGCUCCUUUUCAACUUGUUCUUUUGACUUAGCGCGUGUAGUUAUACGAUUCUGUUUCUCAUAAUCACACAUGAAAGAAAAUAAGAUCACAAAAACAUUUUGUUUUUGUGAUCCCACAGCCCAAACACAUUCAGGCUCAUGUCACCACUUGCUAGCUAACAUUUUGGUAGCCACACCUAGCAAGCUGGCUACCACUGUGUUAAGCAAGGCUAUCUAGGAACUCAAAUUCACAAGACACUGCACAUUGGGACCUACCCUAAGAAUAUGACUACGCUGUAUCUAUAGUAAGAAACCAUUAUAUGCGACCCUAAAUUAUUACUUACCAUGAUUUUCCUUUGCUGCAGACUAAGCGAUAAAAACAUGAAACGGGAAAUAAUCGCAUGCAACUAACAUUACCGCACAAAACAAAACUACCGCGACACACGUGGUACGAACUUCAUUUCCCAGCAUUCCGUUAUGCUUAGACAUCUAGAGCGCGUCCUUCUGCCUAGUAUGGCUCGUUUAAGUGAAGAUAUUCUUAAACUUGUACAUCAACGGGACACACUUAACAACAGGAGAAGAAGUGUGAGGUGGAUGCAGCGCCGGGGAAUACUGAAACGAUCAAUGCGGUGCUGCAUUUGCACACGUCGCAUGCGACUGAGAGAAAGCGCGCGCAGUGAUGGUCUUACCUGGGUUUGCGGAACAAACCACAAAGCAAAGAAAACAUCAGUACGUUAUGGAUCUGUGAUGUACAAAUCUCGCAAAUCCCUGGCGAGAUGGCUGAUGUUCAUAUACAGAUUUUCUCAAGGUCUGCAGCUAAGACAACUUGACAUGCUUGAACACGGGAUUGCUGGCAGUUCAAGAACGCUGACCAAAAUGGCACAUACAGUAAGAAAGCAGGUGUGCAUGAAAGCUGUUUCCCGUCUUAAAAGCAAAGGCAUGAAGGUUGGAGGUCGACAUCACUUCGUUGUUCUAGAUGAAAGUAAAUUCUCUCACAAAAGGAAGUACAAUCGAGGACGAUUUGGCAACAGCUGGCGUCGCAAACGGCAGUGGGUCUUCGGUAUGCUGGAGGUCGGGAUAACUACUAGAAGACCAAUCCUCAAACUUGUGAAGACACGCUCACGCCGUGUUCUUCUUCGUGUGAUCAGACGCCAUGUCAAACGAGGAAGUUACAUAAUGAGUGACGAAUGGCGUGCGUAUAGGGGUCAGCUCAGUCAGUAUGGAUAUCAACAUUUCUCUGUAUGCCACAAAGACAAUUUUGUUGAUGCCAGGACAGGCAGCCACACUCAGCAUAUUGAACGUGCUUGGCAGACAUACAAGGUGGACAUAUGGCGUCAUAGGGGUAAUCGCACAUCCAGACUGCUGAAGGUCUGUUGGGUAGACUGAUCCAUGAUUUGAAAAAAUUCCAAUGAUGGAUGAAGGUUAGGAUGAUUUGUUCAUUUGUAUCACUAUUUGGAUACUAACACUCCUGUUUGUUUUCUCAGUAAAAUCAGUUUUGCGACAGGUAACAAUUGUAGAAUGGACUACGGCUUCACUCAAAGUGAUUGUUAUUGCAGAUUUAAAGAUGGAAUGAUGUUAAUUUAAAUUUUUUCAGCAUGAAAUGUGUACAUUACUAAUUAAUUGAAUGUUAUUGAAAUGUAAUUUCAGUCAAGUUACUAUUCUAAGUGUCAGAUGUAUCUGGGGAAAGGAAUUUGUAAAUUGAUACUAGUUUGGAAAAUAUAUAUAUGUAGCAUAUCUCAUAUGUAGCAUUCUAUGUAAAAAGUGUUUUAGCCAUAAGUUCCAAAUAAUGUCUUAUAUUAAAGCUCAAGUACCUUUUGUACAUAUGAUUGUCUUUACAUUAAAUAUUAAAUGGUACUCACUUAGUUGCGGAAGAAAACAUACUUG